UUUUCUGUUGUGUUCUUGAACAUAUAAUAUAUAAUAUGGAGCUUAAAUCUAAUUCAAAGUUCCAAAGUUGCAGUGCCAAUCGUUACUAGAUUAUGCUAGGUUCUAUAAGCUUUUAUUAGGAACAUCUUUAGCUACUAGAUUCAGUAAAUGCUCACUUUGUAUUAUUAGUUUCCAGUGUUCAUAGAAUACGUAUAUGCAACCUAAACCCACCUCUUUGUUUCUUAGAAGCUCCCAUUGGAGCUUAUUGCCUGGUUCAUUGCUUGAGAACUUAAGUUAUGACGGAAGAGAUGACCAAAAAAAAUCAAAAGCAGGAAGGGUAUAGGGUUGUUUUUGUUAAUAGCUAAACUAGAGGGAGAAAACAUGAAUAUAGUUUAAAACAUGGGGGACUAAAGUUUUUAAGUUUAGCUGUAAAAAACAAAGGAGGAUUGAAACAAUAAAUAGACCGACUGAAAUCCAGACAAAUCUCUGUCAGAAGAGAAGCUAAACUCGGCAAAGCUUUCGCGCUCUUAUUUAUAGCAAUUUCGUUCUUCCGUUAGUUUAGUCUCUCUUUCUCUCUCUCCUUUUGUCGAUCCAGAGACAAGAGGAGAGAGAGAAAAAGACCAGGGAGGAACUUGUGUGUUUGAUCAUGGAACAUGAGAGACCUGACGUAGAGAGACCUGAGUCACGUGAUCUUCUUCUUCCGGUAUGCGGAGUUCCACCGCCAUAUUCCCCGCUUCUCAGCCCGACCCGUUUCUUCCCAUUGUCCGGAGAGCCGAGUCCGAGACAAACUAUAAAGCGUGGGAAGAAGAACAGAUUAAUCCGUACUUGGUACGAGCAAAGAACGGCUACAACAGCCAUCGGCGUAAUCGUCAUUUUGGGGGUCUUCUUCCUUGUGAAUUGGUUAAUGCUCUCUCGUCUUCACGAAGGACGAGUUUGGCUUCGAACAGGGUUCGCUAAGAAUACAUACCAGAUCCCUAAAUGGGUUUCUUCUACACAGAACGUUGAGGUUAGAAGGUUUGGAAAAUCAAGGAGAAAACAUAAUGGAACAUAUGAUAGAAUGUUGGGUUUGGCCGCUCAGGCUUUGCUAGAGAACAAACGUGAGCCAAAAGAGUUAUGGCAGGAGCCAAAGGCUCAAGCUUUGGCUUGGAAGCCAUGUGCUGAUCAACGCUCUUGGUCUCCUGACGAUGGAAAAAAUGGAUAUAUUAUGGUAACUGCAAACGGAGGGAUAAAUCAACAAAGAGUUGCUGUAUGUAAUAUCGUUGUUGUAGCUCGUUUGCUCAAUGCGUCUCUAGUCAUUCCAAAAUUCAUGUUAAGCGACGUUUGGACAGAUGCAAGUCAGUUCGGAGAUAUUUAUCAAGAGGAACAUUUUAUCAAAUACUUGUCGCCUGAUAUUCGGAUAGUAAAGGAGCUACCAAAAGAGCUUCAAUCUUUGGAUCUUGAAGCAAUCGGCAGCGUUGUUACGGAUGUGGAUGUGAUGAAAGAAGCCAAACCAGACUUCUAUAUGAAACACAUUCUCCCUAUACUACACAAGAACAAAGUAAUCCAUUUUGUUGGAUUCAGCAACCGCUUGGCCUUUGAUCCAAUGCCAUUUGACUUACAGAGGCUUCGGUGCAGAUGUAACUUCCAUUCGCUAAACUUCGUCCCGAGAAUACAAGAAACAGGAGCGUUGAUCGUGAAGAGGUUGCGUAACAGCAGUGGAUCUUACCUUGCACCACUUGACGUGCAUCUCCUCGGUCCAAAAUCCGCUUCUUCUUUAAUCUUGGACAACAAGUCUGAUCCUCCUGCGCAGAAGAGGGCUUCUUCUUCUUCAAAGUAUCUUGCUCUCCAUCUACGGUUUGAAAUAGACAUGGUGGCUCACUCUCUCUGUUACUUCGGAGGAGGUGAAAGGGAACAGAAAGAGUUGGAUUCUUAUCGCCAAAAACACUUUCCUUCCCUCUCCACUCUAACCAAAACAAAAAAAUUCCCAUCUCCAGAUGCUUUGAGGACGGAAGGACUUUGCCCAUUAACACCAGAAGAAGCCGUGCUAAUGCUCGUGGCUCUUGGCUUCAACCGUGAAACUCGAGUCUUUGUAGCUGGUGCACAUAUAUACGGAGGAAAUAAAAGGUUAGCUGCGUUAACCAGCUUAUACCCUAACCUAGUCACCAAAGAGAAACUACUCUCUCCGUCAGAGUUACAACCUUUCAAGAACUUCUCUUCUCAGCUAGCGGCUUUAGAUUUCAUCGGUUGUGCUGCGGCAAACGCUUUUGCGAUGACGGAUUCAGGGAGCCAGCUAUCGUCUCUCGUAUCGGGUUAUAGAAUAUAUUAUGGAGGUGGGAAGAUGCCGACGAUUAGACCGAACAAACGGAGACUUUCAGACAUAUUAUUGAAGAACAAUACGAUAGCGUGGAACGUGUUUGAGAAGAGAGUGAGAAAAGCGAUUAGACAGACAAAACAUGUCUUCGCUAGACCUACUGGACGCAGUGUUUACCGUUACCCAAGAUGUAAAGAAUGCAUGUGUAAUGAUCAAUAACUUUGAUUCUUUUUUUUCUUUUUGGCCGUUCGGUUAUAUUGAGAUGGUUCUUUAUGUAACCUCUUAACGAGGGAUCCUUUUUUAUCCUUUUUUUUCCGGCAUUGUAAUCCCUUAAAAGUUGACACGUUCGAGUUGAGUUUCUGUCAUGAAUACAUGGUUUUGGUUGUGCGAUU